GCUUCGCCUCCAAUCAGGUCCGAGCUGUCGACCGGACGUUUACUGGUUGCUGUUUUGAUUUGGAUUCCUUCAUGUCAUAUUGUCAUUGUGGUGUGUGAGCCGAGCCAUUAGCUGUUGUUGAUAACAUGAUCACCCUUUUUAACAAGUUACACUCCCGAUGGUUGACUUUCACCUUCAGACACCCGCGGGCAGCAGCUACGGCGGCUCCCAAGGUUGACCUGUCCACAGCCCCUCCAAAGUCUGUCAUUCCAUCCAAGAAGCCCAUAAAGGUGGAGCUUGUUGGAGGAAAACGCUACUCAUGGUGCACCUGUGGAUACAGUAGGAAACAGCCGUUUUGCGACGGAACCCACAAAACCAAAGCAGAGGGAAUGAAGGGGCUUCGCUUUGUACCGGAGAAAGACUCCACGGUGUGGCUGUGUGGAUGCAAGCACACCAACAACUCACCUUACUGCGACGGCACGCACAAGCAGGACUUCAUCGCGUCUGCUCCGCUGCAUGAGUACACAGACUGAUGAAGGUGUAGAACCCUGAGGACAGGGAUGUCUCCGAACUGAGUCGGUGGGAGAAACAUUUCAGAGAAAACAGCAUCGGGGCAAAUUGUUUAAGUCAGUGGGACAUGUUGCCAGUAAACUAAACGGUGAUCUAGGUUUCCACUCUGAACUUUGGAAACAAGUGAUCUUACAGAAAUAAAAUUAUUGUUCUUGAAUCUGUUUUUUUUUAUUCUCCUAAUGCAGUUGGGUAAGGUUUGUUUUUUGUCUAAGAUAUAAAGGAGUAUUAAUGAGUAACAGGAAAGCAGGUGAUUAUGUAUAUAAUUGGAAAACAUCUUCAUUGAAUGAACUGAGGCUCAUUCCUAUAAUUAAACUUAUUUGCUACUGGAUA